ACGUUGGUUCUUCUUCUCUUCAGGAGUGUGGAGGGACUCGGAAUUUUUGUAUUUCACCCCACACACUGUGUAUUUUAUAUCCUCCUCAAAUAUUAAGGAGGCUGGUUUGGUCAAAUUUUUUUUUUGAUAAGGCUUUUUUUUGAUAAUUUUGAGAGGAGGGUAAGAGAUAUUUCUGAAAAGUUGGGAAUUUAUGAGACUCAAUAUUAUUCUGGGAGGAAUGGAUGACCGGUUACGUGUGCAGUUUAAUAAUUAAUUCGAUUACGUUACGAGGACGAAAGCACGACUCGAUAAUUCUAAUGCAAUAAUUAGUACAUAGCUCAAGUCGUUUUAGGAACGUUUUGUAGUGUGUGUAAAAAAAUUGGGAGUGUUCGUUUGGAUUGGAUUGAUUUCGAAAUUAUAGAAAAGUUUUAUAAAUAAAAGUGUAAAAGUAAUAAAAGAUAUAAAAAUAAGGUGACUUAGUGACUUUUGUAACAAGAAUUAAAAAAGAACAAUGGCACGACCGACCAGGAUGGCUUCUGCUAAACUAAAAACGUACGCCGGAAUGGACGACUCUGACAACUCGGACACCAUAGUUUUGAGUGGUGGGGACGAUAAUUCCGAUGAUGACGAUUCUUUCGACGAGGAUCCCGACAAGAUAGAAAUCCCCGGCGGGGGGACGUCGCUAGAACAUUCCAUGGCCAUGGCCACGGAGUCUUCGUCCUCCUCAAAUUCUGUGGGGAAAGGGGCGAGUACUUCGGCGACUAUGUCGAUGCUGAGUGGGAUUGGUGGUGGCGGCGGGGGUGGGAGUGGCAGGGUAUCGAAUCAUCAUCAUAAUCAACAUCACCAUCAAGGUGGCAAUAUUCCAAAUAUACUAAAGGGCACGAAGGGUUAUCCGAAAUAUAAUCUCCCCUUGGACACGAUUAUAACACCGUCCACUUUCACGAGUGCGUCUCAAAUACAUCAACACAAUCAGGCCGGGGGGACGGGGGGAGCAGGAGGGAUGAACCCAUCGUCACUAUUUGACCCGUCACUUUUCCUUUCAAAUCCUUUCAAUUCGAAUCCAAUGGAUAGUUUGAACUCUUUGAGUCAAUUGCUCAGCUCAUUCCCAAAAAUGGAUAGUGUAGCGUUACAAUCGCUGAGUAAUAAUCCGCUGUUCCAAUUUUAUGGAAUGUUUGCUGGUGGUGGUGGUGGAAAUAGUGCGGCUGCCUCCAUGAUGUCGGGAAUGGGUCAACUCCACCCUCAGCAGCAACACUCGAUCCCGUCCAGACACCAGCAGAUACCAGGGUAUCAGUUGUGGAAUAACCAAAUGAAGGUAAAGCCGGAACCAGAGGAGGAAGUUCACGAAGAGGACGAAACCCUUGGUGUGGCGGAAACAUAUGCAGAUUAUACUCCAGCAAAGUUAAAAAUUGGGAAACCUCACCCCGACCCGAUCGUGGAGACGGCUUCGUUAGCAAGUGUGGCACCACCAUCGGUCUACUACCAACUUCGCCUCCCCUCAUCCUGCAUCAACCGGGGGCAACUCUCUGCUCUCCAAUUGGAAGCUAUCGUCUAUGCGUGUCAACAGCAUGAAUAUUUUCUCGACGGAGGAGAAAGGGCUGGUUAUCUGAUCGGUGACGGAGCCGGUGUGGGGAAAGGUCGUACUAUUGCGGGCAUCAUCCACGAAAACUGGCUAUGUGGGAGGAAGAAGGCGUUGUGGGUCUCCGUCUCUGCCGAUCUAAAAGAGGACUCGAUCCGUGACUUGAAAGAUAUUGGGGCUGGCAAUAUCAAAGUCUUUGCUCUAAAUAGGCUCAAGUACGGAAAGAUUCGUCAAGACGAGUAUCGCGAUGGCGUUCUAUUCUCCACAUACUCUGGCCUCAUCGGAGAGUCCAGUUCUGGAGGAAAGUUCAAUGCGAGACUGAAACAGAUCAUUGACUGGCUGGGCAAAGAUUUUGACGGCGUGAUCGUAUUUGAUGAAUGUCACCGAGCAAAAAAUCUGUGCCCAGUGGGAAACGCGAAGCCUACCAAGACGGGGGUGACGGUGCAAAAAUUGCAACAGGACUUACCCAAAGCGAGAAUCAUCUACGCGUCAGCAACAGGAGCGUCAGAACCGAAAAAUAUGGCGUACAUGACCCGCCUAGGUAUUUGGGGAAAGGGAACGCCCUUCAUGAAGUUCAGUGAUUUUAUCAACGCCGUAGAAAAGAGAGGGAUCGGAGCAAUGGAAAUCGUCGCGAUGGACAUGAAACUUCGCGGUGCUUACAUCGCUCGUCAACUGAGUUUCAAAGGGGUGGCUUUCCGCAUUGAAGAAGUCUCGCUAUCAGAAGAUUUUCAACUCAUGUACAACGAGUCUGUGGAUUUGUGGGUGGAAUCUAUGCAUCGAUUCAUCGAAGCGGCCGAACUCAUGAAAGCAGAUAACGCAUUUAGGAAGACGAUGUGGGCCCAAUUUUGGGCGUCUCAUCAACGAUUCUUUAAAUAUUUGUGUAUUGCUGGAAAGGUGGAUCGUGCUAUUGAUAUUGCGAGGGAGGCUGUUAAAGACGGGAAGUGUGUCGUAAUCGGACUUCAAUCCACUGGAGAGGCACGUACAGCAGAACAAGUUGAGCGUGAAGGAGAAUUGGAUGAUUUUGUGUCCACCGCAAAAGGCGUAUUUCAAAAUCUCGUGGAGAAACAUUUACCUGCCCCAGACAGACUAAAGAUUCAAAAACUCCUUGGAAUUCCUCUAGCAGCAGUCGAAGAAGAGCCUCAACCUGGAUCAUCCUCUUCGAAAGGGAAGCCAAUGAGACGAGCAGCUCAAAAUGCAGCGAAACGAGCUCGAUUCAAUGACUCUGACGCCUCGUCUAACGACGACGGUGACUCCGACUUCAGUGCGGCCGGGUCAGACAAUGAGAGUCAUGACUCUGACGUUUCUACGGACUCAAAAGCCAGCGAUUCUGAAUUUGAAAGUGUAUCGAGUGAUUUGGAGAGCGAUGACGACGGAAAACCUGGUAAGGGGAGAAAAAGGAAGUUGAAGGGAAAGAAAAAAAUUCCAAAGAACCAAACUGUCGCGCAUGACGUUCCCAGCAAAGAGGCUCUCAAUCAGGCCUACAGUAUUCGAACCGACCUAUUGGAAAAGAUUGAAAAAUUAGGGAACAAAAUGCCAAAUAACACAUUGGACCAUUUAAUCGAUGAGCUGGGUGGUCCGACGGAUGUGGCGGAGAUGACCGGUCGCAAGAUGAGAUUGAUUCAAAUGGAGAAUGGAAAAAUUGAGUAUCAGAGUCGCGCUGAAUCUGACGUUGCGCUGGAUCAGAUUAACUUGACGGAAAAACGCCGCUUCAUGGAUGGAGAGAAGAACAUCGCCAUCAUUUCGGAAGCAGCCUCGAGUGGUAUUUCACUCCAAAGUGAUCGGCGCGCAAAGAACAAGCGUCGCCGAGUCCAUAUAACGCUGGAAUUACCAUGGAGUGCGGACCGAGCCAUUCAACAGUUUGGCCGAACUCAUCGAAGUAAUCAAGUCAAUGCUCCCGAGUACGUAUUUUUGAUCUCAGACCUUGCCGGGGAACAUCGGUUCGCCUCAAUCGUAGCAAAACGACUAGAAAGUCUUGGAGCUUUAACUCACGGUGAUCGCCGUGCCACCGAGACGCGAGAUCUGUCCCGUUUCCACAUUGAUAACAAGUACGGGAAGAUGGCUUUGGAAGCAGUCAUGCGCUACAUUAUGACCGGGACGAUGAUGAAUCUCCCCGUGCUUCCGCCAAGCAGUUAUGAAGGCGAUUUCCGCUCCGACGUUGCCGCCGGGAUGAUAGGUGUUGGGCUAAUCGUUAACAGCGAGGACAGUUUUGGUACAACGAUGCCGGAGAAGGAUUACCACAAUAUGAGCAAGUUUCUCAAUCGAAUUCUCGGGAUGCACGUACUUCUGCAAAAUUCACUUUUUAAGUUCUUCACGGAUACGCUAUCUGCGAUCGUUGCCAAUGCAAAGAAACAAGGACGGUUUGAUAUGGGAAUUUUAAAUUUGGGCGAUUCCAGCGGGGACAAGACGUCCCUCUCAUCGACAGAGGUCUUCAACCGUAAGCACGCUACUGGAUCAGGAAAGAUUGAGUUGCAUCGGGUCGUCGUAGAGCGAGGUGUAAGCUGGGAAGAGGCCUUGCAAAAAUCUGAAAGUUUAAGCGGAAAGAAUGAUGGAUUCUAUUUGGCGAAUGAUGAGAAAAAUAACAAAAGACUGGCCGUCCUCGUGAUUGGGGACGAUUUCCCUGCCUCGUCGACAGCUGCAUCAGAGCGAAAAGCAGAAAAAGUUCGGCUAUACUCUGUCUAUCGGCCGAGUACUGGACUCCAGUUGAGACGCGAAACUUUGCAAGAAGUUCAAAACAAAUAUUAUAAAACGACACCAGAGAAAGCCAAGAAAGCUUGGGAGGAUCAGUAUACGGAUUCUGGCAUCAAUUGCGUUCACGCAUUCUGGUCGGGCAACUGUAAGAAUAAAAUGGCCAACCUCGAGUGUGAUAUAGGGAAACGGCAGCGCACAUACUUUAUUCUGAGCGGUUCAGUCCUGUUAUGUUGGGACGAUGUAGAAAUCGUAAUGGGAAGUAGUCACCACAACCAUAAGAUUCAAAUCGUCCGUGUCCAGUUCAACAAUGGGAAUAAAUUUGUCGGCAUUCUCAUUCCUGGGGAUUGUGUCAUUCAGUUGAAGGCCAGACUCAAGCAUGCGGCCGAACUGGAACUAAACCCCGUUAAGAAGGAAGAAAUAAUAGAUGAAGAAGAGGAAGCAUAACGUCCCGAAUUAAUAGUAGACAACUAGUAGUUGUACCCACAAAAAGAAAGAGACAACAUAAACAAAGGCAACUCUUGACUCUCGAAGAAGAUGAUCUCCAACCAAAUUUUAGUUUACAAUCUGCGUUCUCUCGUAAUGCGAAACUCUCUUCUAUGUCAAAACUUAACAACAACUACAACAACAACGGAUGUGAUAUAGUUCCUGUUAAUUAUUUAAGCAAGUAAUUUUAACUAUGUAUAAACUAUUUGUCCUUUAUACCUUUAUAUAACGUUAAGUAAUUUAAGGUGACCCUCAUCCCGUGACUUCCCUCUGUAUAAAUAAUUAAGUAGACUUAAGUAUGACUCAGUUUUUAACACUUAACGAAAUGGAAAACAAUUUUUAUAAUAGAAAAAUGAUUAAUUUUGAUUUUGCCAUGUUCUUUUUGUAUGUAUUGCAUCUAGUAAAAUUAAGUAUGUAUUGACGUAUAGUUUAAAGUGGUAAUAUUGUGGUAGUCAUAUAUUGUUGUCGUGUUUCUAGUUGUGGUGCUUCUUUCAUUGUACUUUAAUCGUGCAUGUAUUUAUUUAUUGAGAGAAAAGUGGAGUGGUGAGUGAACGUAGAUUCGUGGUCUGCCGUUUUAAUAUACAUGCAUUUUACAACUGCUAGUUAAUAAUAGGUCGGUGGUUGUGGGCCUGUUUUUUUUUAAUUUUUAAAUCUGAGUGUGUUGGAAAAGCUUAGUUGUUUUAAAAUAGGAGUUGUACUUGUGUGUUAGUAUCAAACUCCACGACUCAUGCAUUGUCUCACAUAUAAACUUUGUCAUUUCUUAAUUCUUCCUACUAAAUACUACAUGAUGAUACUGAUAUGGAAUGCAGAAACGUCAGUAAAACAAUUAUUGUGUUAAGGUGAAACUUUGGAAUUAUAAAAUAUUAUGAAUAUUCAUUUCUUUGAAUAAAGUGGUAUCGCACGGUUGAAAUAAUUAUAUACUUAAA